GGAGUAAUGAAUUAUACAGUCUCGCGAGAAAUUACUUUCACUGUGCUUUGCUGGAAACCCCGUUGUUUAUAGUGCUUUGGACGCCAUUUCCCUCAUAUUUUGGGAUGUUUAAAAUACACAGUACUUGGUGGUUGAUAGGAAUAAUUAUUUUUCUAUGGAUGUGUAAGUUUUGAGUUUGUGUCAUUUGUCAAAGCCAGUAACACUGGCUCUUUUUCCUCAGAUGGCAUAUAUUCUGUUGUAAAAACAAAGGAAGUCAAACUAGUCUUUUGGCUAGUUUGGCCUAGCAUACUGUGGAACUAAAAAGAAGACCAAAACGAAAUAAAACGUUUGCAAAUUGCUGUGCCAGUGCUGGCCAAAAAAAUGGCUGACGACAUCGAUAUUGAAGCAAUGCUGGAAGCCCCUUAUAGGAAGGAUGACAAGUUGAGCAGUGCAAAUGGACAUGAGGAGCGCAGCAAAAAGAAAAAGAAAAGUCGAAGUAGAAGCCGUAGUCGUGAUAGGAAGAGAAGUAAGAGCAGGGAACGUAAGCGUAGCAAAGAUCGUGAAAGGAAGAGGAGUAGAAGCCGAGAGAGAAAGAGGAGCAGAAGCAGAGAACGGCGGCACAGCCCUUCCAGAGGCAGAGAUUUCCAUUACAAAGGGCACUUCCGGGGUCCAUUUUCUGGUCCACCAAAGUUUAACAGCAGCUUCCGUGGGAAAAUUGGCUUUCCUCCUAUCAAGUUAAGAAGACGUUCCAGAAGUAGGAGUCCAUUUCGAAAGGAUAAGAGUCCAGUGAGAGAACCAAUAGACAAUCUCUCUCCAGAAGAAAGAGAUGCUCGCACUGUGUUCUGCAUGCAGCUUGCUGCUCGCAUUCGACCUAAAGAUUUGGAAGACUUUUUUUCAGUUGUUGGAAAAGUCCGUGAUGUGAGAAUUAUAUCUGAUAGAAAUUCCAGACGUUCAAAAGGAAUCGCGUAUGUUGAAUUUGUUGAUGUUAGCUCUGUUCCUCUUGCAAUAGGUCUCACAGGACAGCGUAUACUUGGUGUUCCAAUUAUAGUUCAGGCAUCCCAGGCUGAGAAAAAUAGAGCAGCUGCCCUGGCUAAUAACCUUCAGAAAGGCACUGUUGGUCCUAUGAGGCUAUAUGUGGGAUCCUUGCAUUUUAAUAUUACUGAAGAAAUGCUCCGAGGAAUCUUUGAGCCUUUUGGGAGGAUUGAAAGCAUUCAGCUUAUGAUGGAUAGUGAAACUGGACGUUCUAAAGGAUAUGGAUUCAUUACAUUUUCAGAUUCUGAGUGUGCCAAAAAAGCUCUUGAACAGUUAAAUGGCUUUGAACUAGCAGGCAGGCCAAUGAAAGUUGGUCAUGUUACAGAGCGUACAGAUGCUUCAAAUGCGAGUUCGUUCUUGGACAGUGAUGAGCUGGAGCGAACAGGAAUUGACUUGGGAACAACUGGACGAUUACAGUUGAUGGCAAGGCUUGCAGAAGGUACUGGUUUGCAAAUUCCACCAGCAGCACAGCAGGCUCUUCAGAUGAGUGGCUCAGUGUCUUACAGUGCUGUAGCAGAUUUGCAGACCAGGCUUACCCAUGUGACUGAAGCAUUAGCUUCUCCUUCCUCGGCUGUUCCUUCUCAACCACUUGCCACGCAGUGCUUUCAGCUUUCCAACAUGUUUAAUCCACAGACUGAAGAUGAGCAUGGUUGGGACCAGGAGAUUAAAGAUGAUGUUAUUGAGGAGUGUAACAAACAUGGGGGAAUUGUACACAUCUAUGUAGAUAAGAGUUCACCUCAGGGAAAUGUGUAUGUGAAGUGUCCCACAAUAGCUGCAGCAGCGGCAGCUGUACAUGCCUUGCAUGGAAGAUGGUUUGCAGGAAAAAUGAUUACGGCUGCAUAUGUGCCUCUUCCUACAUACCACAAUCUUUUCCCUGAUUCAUUAAAUGCCGUACAGUUACUUCCUGCUCGACGAUGAGUGUACAUUAAGCAUUUUGGAAGAUGGACUACAACAAAAAAAAAAAUCAUGCUCUUGGUUCUGUGUGUGUGUGUGUAUAUAUAUAUAUAUAUAUAUAUAUAUAUAUAUAUAUAUAUAUAUAUAUAUAUAUACACAUAUAUAUAAAUAUAUAAAUACUAUUUGGUAGCUUUAAUUCAGUUUUUAUUUAGUAAACCUUGCGAUUUUUCCCAGCUGCAAGAAAAUGAAGUGAAAGAGCUCUUCAGAAUGCAUUUCCUGACUCUACCGCAGUGCAUUCAGCUUCACGAACCAUUUACACACGUUGUUGUGAAAUCUGUACUACUUUGACCCAUUGUAUUGGAACUCAAAGCUGACAACCACAGGUGCAGGAAAGACUUGAAGUUUCCAUUUUAAGUUAAAAAUUGUUACCUCUUUCCAUCGAACACUUGUCCUUAAUGUGGCAGUUUGCUGGGUUGUGCCAGCCUUUGAAAAGUGUCUUGUUCAGAUAGGUCAUCAUUUAACAUUUUUAAAUGACCGUUUUUAAUAGGAUAAAAGAACAAAAACUACAGAUAACAUAAUUUUAUGCCAUUGAUUUAUUUCUGUAUAAUGCUGGUUAAUUAAACACAGCAAGAAGAACUGUUUGUUAUCCUAGUGUCUCGUUUAAUAGUGGUAAAUUUCAUGUAUGUGAAUUUUUUGUAUAUACAGUACAUGUUCACAUGUAUCCAGAUAUUUGAGCCAGAUUAGAUUAAAGUGGUAUUUCACAGCGAUAUUGCAGUUUAAAAGCA